AUGCGAUUCCUGGUAGCUUGGGAUGGAAGCGAGUUGGGAACGCUUGCCUUGCGGGCGACCAUCCAUGUUCUAUCCCGGCCUGGGGAUCAGCUGCUAGUGUAUCAUGUGCGGAAUCCUGGCAGGUAUGGGGCAUUGGAUGAGUUUGAGUUUGACAACCUGCAGAAACGCCUGGCAGAGGAGCUGGAAGGAGCGCGAGGCCUUCACAUCCUUUCGCAGCAGAAGAGCGGGGAGAUGGACGAGGCGCUUAUCGAUGCCGUUUUCGAUGCCUGUGACUUGGAAGGAGAAGGUCGCCUCUGCCAGGAGGAGAUCCGGAUGGCUUUAUCAGGCUUGGGCCUACAGGCCAAGGGGCCGUGCGCCGAAAGCCUUACACGAGCCGAAUUUCACGCUCUGGCUCGUGAGCUCGAAAGCAAUGGCUCCAAGGCCACCCUCGUUGUUCCCUUUGCACUUCGUGGCUUGCGGUUGGGGCAGCUGCAAACCAUCAGCAAUGCAUGUGGCUGUGGCCAACUCGAUGGAUGGUUGGCGAACGAGUGUCGACAACUCUCUGAAAAUGGUCAGGUGAAGGAAGACCUUUACGCACUGGAUCGCUUCUUUGUGAGGCCCGCGACCGCUGGUCAGGAUAAGGCCGAUGCUGCUUUCUCCAUCCCAGCGCAGGUGCUGGAAAGAGCUUUAAUUCCUGGACGGCCAGUCCACAGCGUGUCCUUUGCCCAGCUGAUGAAUGGAACCGGCUUGCGGUGCGACUUCUUUGUGAGCCACUCUUGGUCACACCCCUUCACGAAGACGCUGGUUGCUUUGAACUCCUGUGCCAAGCGCUGCACAGGCGACACCAAGAAGAUUGCCUUCUGGAUUUGCCUUUUCGCCUUGAACCAGCAUGAUCUGAAAGGGGAACUUGCAGGAUGCGAACUGGCCCGAAUGCCCUUCGCAUAUGGCCUCUCGAAGUCGAAGCAGGGAGUCGUGAUGGUUCUGGAUGCGAGGGUGGAGCCCUUCAGGAGGAUCUGGUGCUUGUAUGAGGUCCAGCGCGCCUGGGAGCUGGCGAAAGACCUUCGGUUAAUUACCGACUGUGCCGAAGGCGCCUCCACAGAGGAGGAGCUGGAAGUCUCCGGUCAGUUCGCGCUCACUGUAGCAGAGGAGCUGCAGAGUAUUAGUGCCUUUGACGCUCGCUCCAGUGAUCUGCAGGACAAGAUCAACAUCUGGCAUAAGAUCAUGAACGGGUCUGUGAAAGCUGCUUUCCCUGUCCACAUCUUUCGCACACGUUUCGAAAUGGAAGUCUGCAACAUCCAUGGUUUUGGCAAAGCCUGGUUUACCGAAUUUGAUGCUGGUGUAUGCAGACUGCUGGCGACCCCGGUUUUCCAUUUCAGCUUGUCCAAAGCGGACCUCAAAGUCGCUUUGAGAUAUCUUGGAUUGGGUGCCCAGUGUUCUCCCGAUGACUUGGCGCACCUUUCUAGCUGCAUUGUCGCCGCAGAUCUACCGCCCCUGCACGAGGUCUGGGUUCAGAAUCCGUCCUGCGGGCAUUGCCAGCUGACCCACGUUUAUGCGCACUUCGGCAGCUCUGAUCUGUUGGAAUGUCUCCUUCGGGCACAGGCAGAUCCGCAGCAGCAGACCCAGGAUGUGAAGUUCCGCCAGCCACUGCAUUUCGCUGCUAAAGCCGGCCACCUUCAUUGUACAAAGCUUCUUCUUCGUUUUGGGGCACAUGCUCACUGCAGCGACAAGAACGGCGAGACGCCACUGCAAAUUGCGGCGUAUGGAGGCCACAGCCCUGUUCUGGAAGAGUUGCUUCAGUCGAAAGCCUGGGUGAAUUCAGCAGAUCGCGACUGCUGGACGCCCCUUAUUUGCGCCGCGCGGGCUGGCCAUGAAGCUGUGGUGAAACUGCUCAUCGAGCACAAGGCCAAUUUGAAGGCUGUUGACAGCCUGGGCAGAUCUGCCCUAAAGCACGCUCAACUUGCGCACCAUGAAAGGGCUGCCGCUCGGCUGGCACGAGCAAAGGAAUUAGACAGCGAUGAAGCGCUCCUUGAAGAGGAGGAGGAAGCGGAGGCGGAGCCUGACUUUUUGAUGCAGUCCCUCGGACUUCAGAGAGAAAGCCAACCUGAAGAGGUGGAUUACAGCUCCACCAACGGCCAGCUGCUCAUGACAGUGCACCAGAAGGAGAAGGCCGAAGCCAUUAAAAUCUCGCGUAUGAUCGUGAACUUUGCUGCGCGCUCGAGCGCGGACGUUUUAGUGAUGGGGAGCACAGGCCGCAAGGAGACAGGCUCCUUGAACUUCCAGAGGACGACGCUGGGCUCCUCUGCCCACCUUGCCGCCUUGGAGGCACCAUGUACAGUGGUGCUCAUUCGGCCUGGCUGCAGAGUGGACCCCAAGCUGGCAACGGUCUUCAUGGUGGCGGUGGACGGCAGCUUCCACUCUAGAUAUGCUCUCCAGAUAAGCACUGAGUGGGCCCGUCCCGACAAGGAUGAAAUCGUUUGUCGAGUGUUCGGCCCGCCCGAGUUCACCGAGUCAGUGGAGAGGCUGUGUACAGACCAGCUACAGGCAGUCAUGCGAGACAAGAAGGUUGAGUACGCUGUGAUUCCAACAGAGUUGGAUGAGACAGCGGAUGUGCAUGGCGAUGAUCUGAGUGACACGGCUCAGCAGUGUCGAUUUCGACAGCAGGCUUUUUUGGUUUUUGGAGCACGGGGGCGCAACUCCGAAGGAGGUGCAGACCCCUCGUCUCCUGUCUCUGCAUCGGAACCUGGGUCUCCGGCAGCGGACGCGCCGACGACUUUGGGUCACGUUGCACGGUGGUGCAUCAAGGAGGCUCAGUGCAGCCUCAUCAUUGCGCGGCCAAAGCUUUGGAAGUCGCCAACAGGUCUUGUGAUUUGGCGUGCAUCUUCGCUGCCGUGA